AUGAGUUGCUUGCUAAAAUGGGCAGCUUUCCUCUGGAUCGUACAUACCAUUCCUUGCACUGUUGGAAUGGCAGUGAACGAAAGAAUAGACAACUCUAGAUGUCCUCCAUUGAAAGUAGACAAGGACCGGUUUUCCUACAGUUUAAAUGGUCCACAGCCAGAAUUCACCGGUUUUGAUCUGACAGAAAAGUUUCUCCUGAGAAAGGGGGCAGUGACAGAGGAGCGGCCAUCAUUCCGGCUGGGGAGCAGCCCCCUCAUCAAGCCAACAGAAUUGGUGUUCCCCAAUGGUCUGUCCAGUGAAUACUCUCUAGUGACCACCUUCCGGCUGAGGAAAACCACAAAGAAAGACCGCUGGUAUCUGUGGCAGAUAUUCGACCAGACGGGAGGUACCCAGGUGUCUGUAGUGUUGGACGGUGCUAAACGAGCAGUGGAGUUCUCAGCCCGGGGCCUUCUGAAGAACAGCCUCCACUACACCUUUAAGAGCCGAGACCUGCACACCCUGUUUGACCGCCAGUGGCACAAGCUGGGUGUGGCGGUCCAGAGCAGCAUCGUCUCCGUUUACAUGGACUGUAAACUAAUAGAGAGGAGGCUGACAGACGAGAAGGAUGAAAUCGACCCCAGCGGAUAUACGCUGAUUACAACCCGGGUGGAGGAUGGACGGCCUGUAGAUAUCGAACUGCAACAUAUCCUGAUCUACUGUGACCCAUACCUGGCUGAGAUGGAGAACUGCUGUGAGCAGGCAGGAUCUACGCUGGAGCAGGCCAGCUCCCCCAGAUGCUCUCCCAGCCCGUCCAGCCAGCCCAGGUCCAGCGGGUCCAGCAUUCCAGCAGUGGCAGAUGUCAAUGUUCAGCAGGAAAGGGUGAUCAAGGUCUACCAGGCUUGGCAGGACUUCCAGGACAGAAAGGAGAUCAAGGAGACAAGGGUGACCAGGGUGUUUCUGGCUUCCCAGGUCUGGAUGGUAUUCCUGGACAGAAGGGUGAAACGGGAUCAGCUGGGGAGCCUGGUGCGGAAGGGAAACCUGGAAUAA